CUCAUUGUGAUGGUUUGCUUUACCUUUGACGAUGAGAAACUUUCAUAAUGGCGUGGCGCCUUGUUUAUUUGAAUUCCAAUAGAAAAUGGGAAAUAACCAGAACAAACCAAAAUUGAGAAAAUCUCAAUCAGUACCAGACACACAGUCUUUCUUGGUCGAUUCUUUACUUGUGCGAAGUAAAUCGCGAAGUUCAGCACGACUGGCGAGACUAGCUUCAAUUAAUGAUGUUCGCGAUGGAAGCUUCAACUCUAAGAAGGAGGCAACUCAGAAACCCAUUCCUCUAUCCGAGACUCUAUUCUUUCCAGAAUUCUCUGUCCGUGGAGAAUUGGAAGACCAAAACUUUGAGCUAAUGUCCGUUAUUGCUAAAGGAGCUUAUGGGAAUGUCUUGAAAGUCCACAGAGAUGAUGAAAAACAGUUCUAUGCUGUUAAGGUGCUGGAAAAGCGACAGAUUAUUCUUGAAAAUGCUGUUCAACAGUGUAAAGAUGAAGCCUGCAUUCAGUCGAUGCUGGGUCACCAUCCGUUUCUUGUGAAAGUCUUAGAGUUUUGGCAAUCUCGAAGCUAUCUUUAUAUAGUUCUUACGUAUGUUCCGUAUGGUGAUAUGUUCACGCUGUGGAGCUAUCAUGGAUAUUUCCCCGAGGAACUUGUUCGCUAUCAUAUAGCUGAAUUAGCCGUAGUCCUGAGUUAUCUUCAUAAAUCUGGAGUUAUUUAUAGAGAUAUGAAAAUGGAGAAUAUACUUUUUGAUUAUGAUGGUCAUAUCCAGGUCACUGACUUCGGCUUAGCUAAAUGGCUGCACAUUGGAGAGAAGACUCGGACAGUAUGUGGGACUUUACAGUAUAUGGCUCCUGAAGUGUUGUCAGUUAUGCCGUAUGGCCAUACAGCAGAUUGGUGGUCACUUGGAGUUCUAAUGUACACAAUGCUUAUUGGGGAGUAUCCCAUUGAUGGAGCAGUAAAUCAUUUUGAUAUGGCACAGCAUGUAUUUGAAUGUGAAUAUGAACUCCCAGAAUACAUCACUGAAAAAUGUGCCCAUGUUGUUAGUCGGUUGCUGACCAAAUGCCACAACCGACGACUUACAGAUUUAUUUUCUCUUCAGAAUUUACCCUUCUUUAAGGGCAUCAACUUUAAUGCUUUAAUUGAAAAACAGAUCUCUCUUCGGACUUUAGUAGUAGAGAACUUCUUUGAUGUCCCUGCUGAAAGCGAAGAAAGCUACACCUACAAUGAAUCAACAAAUGAAUUCUCUGAAUUUGAUGAUGAUUAUAUUUGGCACCUUCCACCUGAUGUAGUUCCUAUUUUUGUCUGAUACUGAAAACAUUGUCAGAGACCAACCAAAUAGGAAUUCCAAUUACUGAAUAUCAGUUAACAGGCCAUGCCAGUAAUAUAAGUUACUAAGAAAACCCAAACGAUUCCCCCAAGAUAAAGUGAAUAACAAGCAAGAUCUAGUUUCUGUAAAUUUUACAAAUAGAUCUCUGCUCUGAUAGACAGACAGGUAAUAUGAACUACAAAUCAAAGUAAUUCAACAGAAAUAAUCAUAAUAUAUAUACAAUGCACAACAGGUAAUCAUUUACAAAAUAAUAAAAAAAAAAAAUUUUUUUAAUAUUAAAAAACAAAAAAAUUAGGAUUCCUGGAUUCCUACAUGUACCAUAUGUUCGUCUGAUUUAUAAAAUGUUAACAGUUUAUGUAGAAUAUUAUAGAGAAUGAUUAAAUUCUCUGACAUCAAACCCAAUUUUUGCGUUUGGAUUCUGAAGAUUGCAAGAAGAGGAAAAAAAACAUGGAAACAUCCAUUCAAUCUUGUUUAGUUAGAAUUAUACAGACACCCCAAAAAUAAAUAGACACCCCCUUCAUUACACCAUUUUUAUAUAUGUAGAUACUGCUUGUUAGUACAAUUCCCAAACAGAUUAAAUGAUUAAAAGUUGCACAAAGCAGGUCUGCUUAAUACUUAGAUUACGCAUGUAGAUCAGCAGUUCUCAAACCACACUUCCAGGUUGAGGCCCUCAAACACCCUUCCAGUGGUCCCCGACAGCGUUCCUUCUAUAGAUACAAUAAAUUUUUCUUUCGCUUGAUUUACUUCUUUUGGCGAGUGCCCCGCUCCCCCAGAUCCCAGUUUGAGAUCUGGCCCAGAUAUU